AUGCUUUUUAAACUUCGACCGUCCAUUGUGACUGCUAUACUUGUCACCAGUAUAUAUUCCCAGGAAGCCUUGGCUUACGAUGCUGCCGAAGUUGCGAUCGAUACCUCUAAAUGGGCCGCCGCGAGCACCAAGGCAAACCAUCUGAUAGCCAAAUUGAACUUGACCGAGAAGGCAUCUAUGGUGACCGGCACUGCCAAUGGGCAAUGUAUAGGGAAUCUUGCAUCAAUUGAAAGUGUCGGAUUUCGUGGUCUUUGCUUGUCCGACGGCCCCCAGGGCUUGCACCUUACUGACAUUGCAAGCGUCUUUCCAUCAGGGUUGACUGCAGCAGCAACAUGGGAUCGAGACUUGAUCGCUCGACGAGGUGCCGCAAUGGGUGCCGAAUUUCGCGGAAAGGGUGCCAAUGUGAUGCUAGGGUGGUCCAUGGGGUGGUCGCAACUGGGAGGGAUUUUCCCCAGAUCCUUAUCUCUCAGAGUUGCCAUGCAAGAGAGUAUCCGGAGUGCCCAAGCGUUAGGUGUGCAAGCCUGUGCCAAGCACUUCAUUGGAAAUGAGCAAGAAACCCAUCGAACCAACGAAGAAAUCGGCGGUGUUGAUGUUGCUGCCGUUUCAGCCAACAUUGAUGACCGCACUCUACAUGAACUCUAUCUCUGGCCCUUUGCGGAUGCUGUCAAAGCUGGUGUUGCUUCACUCAUGUGUAGCUACAACCGAGUCAAUAUGACAUAUUCCUGCGAAAAUUCUCCGCUUCUCAAGAAUAUUUUGAGAGAGGAGCUAGGUUUCGAGGGUUAUGUGAUGACAGAUUGGUUCGCAACACAUUCGGGUGCCCAUGCCAUCAAUUCAGGUCUCGACUUAAACAUGCCGGGCUUCCUCAGCGAGACAGACUUCACUCAUUCCUAUUUUGGAUCCCAUGUGAUUUGGGUCCAAGAGGGAGUCGAUCGAACCACCCUUGAAGCCGACUGGAAUUCCACUGAGGUGGUCAAUCAAGUUGCAUCAAUCUGUCCUGGAAAAACUGUUGUGGUUACUCACACUGGCGGUGUCAACUCAAUGCCAUGGGCAGACAAUGAGAAUGUGACUGCAAUUCUCGCCGCGCAUUACCCUGGACAGGAGUCUGGCAAUUCGAUCGUGGAUGUUCUGUGGGGUGAUGUCAACCCCGCCACUAUCUCCGACGCAUGGCAAGUCAAUUUCACAGAAGGGUUGAUGAUCGACUACCGCCAUUUCGAUAGCCAGGAGACCACACCGUUGUACGAAUUUGGCUAUGGUCUGAGCUACACUUCUUUCAACCUCUCAACGAAGCUUUCCGUACGAUACCAUGACAACGCCAAGGGAGACGUGUCUGCGCUCUCACAUAAUUCCAACAAAAUGACACCAAUCGGCGGCAACUCCGAUCUUUGGAGCAAGAUGAUUGAAGUUGAUACAACCGUGGUUAACACUGGUUAUAUGUCUGGAGCCACCGUUGUUCAAUUCUAUCUUUCUUAUCCCAUGAACUCGAUGCCAUCCGGAACCCCUAUCAAGGUACUUCGUGGUUUUGAAAAGUGA